GUGGAUCGGCUCUCCAGUGCGCUCUGACCGGGAUCUUCCUUUAUUUCUCAGGUGCGCUCUGCUUCGGUGCGCUCCAGGACUCGGAGGAUCAAGGAAGGGGGGAUUCCAUGAUGGGGUCCACCUCAGCAUCAUCGCCAUCGGCAGCAGCGGCAUCAUCCUCAUCCUCAUCAUCACCAUCAGCAGCAGCGGCUUUAGACUUUACUUUGUUCUCCGCUGCGCUGGAUAACGAUGAAUGCGCACUGAAAUAAAACAACACUUUCUUGAAACUGAACUCAUCGGCUUCCAACGAGGGGAAGUUUUUUUUCUUUUUAAAUUUAAAUAGAUUGGUGUUUAUUCUAAGGAGGUUUGGAAUGGAGAUCCUAACUUUCCUGCUCUCCAGUUUUGCUGUGCUUCUCUUCGGAGGGCAUAUGUUCACCAGGGCCAUGCUGAGUGACAUUGGGGACUAUGUAGGUACAGACAUUCAAAUUUCCUGGUUACCUAACCUGGAUGAUUUAAUGAAGGGCUAUGCCAGAAAUUUUCGCCCUGGGAUAGGAGGUCCACCAGUGAACGUGGCCAUGGCUAUUGAAGUGGCCAGCAUUGAUCACAUCUCUGAAGCCAACAUGGAAUAUACAAUGACAGUGUUCCUGCGGCAGAGCUGGCGCGACGACCGCCUGUCCUACAAUCACACCAACAAAACUCUUGGCCUGGACAGUCGGUUUGUGGACAAGUUGUGGGUACCUGACACGUUCAUCGUUAAUGCUAAAUCUGCCUGGUUCCAUGAUGUGACAGUGGAGAACAAACUGAUCCGCCUGCAGCCAAAUGGAGUCAUUUUGUACAGCAGCAGAAUCACUUCGACGGUAGCCUGUGACAUGGAUCUAACCAAGUAUCCCAUGGAUGAACAGGAGUGUAUGUUGGACUUAGAAAGCUAUGGCUACUCCUCAGAGGACAUAGUGUAUCACUGGUCAGACAGUCAGAGGCACAUCCAUGGACUGGACAAACUGGAGCUCUCCCAGUUCACCAUCACAGACUACCGCUUUGUCACAGAAAUGAUGAACUUUAAAUCAGCGGGACGGUUUCCAAGGCUAAGCCUUCGUUUCCAGCUGAGACGUAACAGAGGUGUCUACAUCAUCCAGUCAUACAUGCCUUCUAUACUACUGGUUGCAAUGUCUUGGGUGUCGUUUUGGAUCAGCCAAUCAGCAGUUCCAGCUAGAGUAACCCUAGGGAUCACAACGGUUCUCACCAUGACUACCCUGAUGGUGAGCGCCCGCUCCUCCUUGCCUCGGGCGUCAGCCAUCAAGGCAUUGGAUGUCUACUUCUGGAUCUGUUAUGUGUUUGUGUUUGCGGCCCUCAUUGAAUACGCCUUCGCUCACUACAACGCUGACUACCGACUCAAAGAGAAGGCCAAAGUUAAGGCAAGCAAGCUGAGCUCUGAGUCCAUAGUAAAGAACGGCAAGCAGGCCAUGGUUCUGUUUUCCCUGUCGGUUACUGGGAUGAAUCAAGGCGUUGUCAUUUCCAACCGCCAGGGCCGAACGCAGCGCUCUGGGAGUGAAAUCCCCGGGGAGGGCGGCGCAGAGGAGCCCGAGCCGAGCAGGAGAAGAUCCAGGCCGGCGGAGGCGAGCAAGGAGGACAAAAAGUGUUGCUCCAAAUGUGUCUGUAAGCCAAUCGAUGCAGACACCAUCGACAUCUAUGCCAGGGCUGUGUUCCCUUUCACUUUCGCCGUGGUGAACGUGAUCUACUGGGUGGCGUAUACGAUGUGAGGAGGAGGCAGCAGGGUCGGAGCCAUCAGAAGCUGUACAUAGGAAACUGCUGGAGUCAUGACAUUAAAAUGCUGGCAGACUGUGCAGCUGACCUAUAAUGCAGGCUUCAGAAAGAAGGAGACUUCCAUUAAAAAGAAGUACGGACUGUAUGAGCCUGUGAAAAUAAAAACACGGUACUUAAUGGACGUAGUUAAGAGUUUAAACUGUAAGAAGGACAUAAAUGCAUUCUAUUAAAAACAGCUGAGGAUGUUUAAAGGCACAUUACUUAGUUGCCUGUUGGAGGUCCACAUACCUAUUAAGAGUUGCAUCCUGCUAGAUGAAUAUCAUUUUAACAAAAAACAUCAUGUCUCUCAAGCAAAUUUACUGAGCGCAAGCUUUCCUCCAAACAAGCAUAGUCCCCAUAUCUCUCUUUCAUUAACUGCCUGCUGUCUCAAACACCAACAAACACCUCUCAGGCAAGAGGAUGACGAGAUGAGGUGCACCGCUAUUCUGCAUGGCUGAUAACUCAUUCCCUCUCUUCCCGCACUUGUACCCCCCCUUUUCUAUCCUUCCUGUCCCUCCAUCCAUUUAUUUGGUUCAUUUUCAGGUUUAGGACUCAGUCUGGAGUAUCUUAUCUCCACUGCCAGGUCUGCCUGUUUCCUUGUUAUUAAAGGAUG